CGCCCAGCGCGGCCAGAGCGGGGAGCGCCCGCCCGCAGCCAUGCGCUGAGAGCCCGGCACGGCCCGGCCCGGCACGGCCCGGCCCCGAGCUGACACCAUGAACCAGCUGGUCCUUUGCACGCUGCUUCUCUUGGUCCCCGGGGAGCUCGCGCGGGCAUGUCCCGCUGGCUGCCAGUGCCAGGACCCCAAGACCAUCCUGUGUGCGGCCAGACGGGGCCACACCGUGCCCCGGGGGCUGCCCCCCAACACCCUCUCCCUGUACGUCUUUGAGAACGGCAUCACGAUGCUUAGUGAGGACAGCUUCACGGGGCUGCCCGCCCUUCAGCUCUUGGACCUCUCACAAAACAAGAUCACCAGCAUCCAGAAAAAUAUCUUCCAGCCCCUAACGGAGCUUGUCAACUUGGACCUGUCUUCCAACCAGCUGCAGGAGAUCACCAAUGAGACCUUCCACGGGCUGCGGCUGCUGGAGCGGCUCUACCUGCAGAGGAACAGGAUCCAGCACAUCCACGCCGCCGCGUUCGACACGCUGGAGAACCUGCUGGAGCUGAAGCUGCAAAACAACCAGCUCUGGGCAGUGCCCCCCCUUGACCUGCCCAACCUCCUGCUGCUGGACAUCAGCUGGAACAAGAUCCCCACUAUUGCACCUGGGACCUUCCACGCCGUCAACAUCGAGUCUCUGAAGAUUGCGGGGCUGGGCCUGACGAGCUUGGACGAGGAGCUCUUCCAGACCCAGAACAACCUCCACGAGCUGGAUGUCUCCAACAACCUGCUGGAGCGCGUCCCGGCCGUGCUGCGGCGCCUGGGGAGCCUCACCAAGCUCAGCCUGGCUGGCAAUGCCCAGAUCUCCCAGCUGCCGGCAGAGGACUUCCACAGCCUUCACAACCUCCAGGAGCUGGACAUCAGCAACCUCAACAUCAACACCAUCCCUCGGGACUUCUCUGGCUUUUUCCCGAGGCUCCGGGCCGUGACAGCUGCCGGCAACCCCUUCAACUGCAUCUGCCAGAUGAGCUGGCUCGUGCAGUGGGUGAACGCCAGCAGCGUGGUCCUCCGGCGGCCCGAGGAGACGCGCUGCCACUUCCCCCCAAAAAACUCCGGCAAACUCCUCCACCACCUGCAGUACGCUGACUUCGGCUGCCCCACGACCACCACCACCACCACCACGACCACCACCACGCCGCGCACCACCACGCUGCGGCCGCCUGCGCCGCUCCCCACCAGCAGCCGCCCGCCGCCAGAGCCCAGCACCGCUGCUCCCACCCCGCAGGCCAGGGCCUCCCCCGGCAGCUCCGCACCGGUGUCCUUCAGCGUCCCCCCGGCCCCCAGCAGCCCCCCGCCGCAGAUCUGCCCCCCGCGCACGUGUCUGAACGGCGGCACCUGCCAGCUGGACGCACGCAGCCACCUGCAAUGCCUGUGCCCGCAGGGCUUCGCCGGGGCGUACUGCGAGGAGGAGGAGGCGAGGGGGACGACACCGUCCCCGGCCACCCAGGCGCCGACGCCGAGCCGGCAGAUCAGCAUCACGCAGGUGAGCAGCACGUCCCUGAAGGUGGACUUGCAGAACUACGUCCAGUCCAAAGCGCAGCUGAAGGGCAUCCGGCUGAGCUACCGAAACCUCUCCGGGCCGGACAAGCGGCCCGUGAUGCUCCGCUUGCCGGCCUCGCUCGCCGAGUACACGGUGCGGGCGCUGAGGCCCAACUGCACCUACCGCGUCUGCGUCGGGCCGCUGGGGGAGAAGGUCUCCAAGGAGGAGUUCUGCGUCGAGGCGCACACCUUGCAGAUGACCCACCAGCAGCACUCGCCCGUCACCCAGGGCAAGGACAACAACCUCACCCUGAUGAUCGUCCCCGCGCUGGCCGCCGUGCUGCUGCUGGUGGUGGUGGUGACGGCGGUCACGUACUACCGCCGGCACCGCCGGGCGAAGGCGCACGCGGGCGGCGGGGUGGACACCGGCCCGCUGGAGCUGGAAGGCGUGAAAGCCUGCCUGGACAACGGGGAUCUGAGCAACCACAGCCGCAAGGGGCCGGAGGCCGCGAUGCUCUCGGGCGGCUCUGAGUGCGAGGUCCCGCUCAUGCAGGCGCACUACCCCAGCAACAACAACACCACCGCGCUCAAGCCCUCCUACUUCUGAGCCAGGCGGCACGGGCAGCCGGGCGAGGGGAGCGCCACGCGGCCGGCGGCAGCACCCGGCCCCGUUCCUCCGGGCCGAGGAACAGCGAGGAGUUAACUGAAUGAAGGCACAAAGCCCAAACCCGUAACGUGCAAUUUCUGAGAGGCUUACACACUUAGGGAGUAGACACUAAUUUUACCGCUCGGCGUAUGACUAAGUGCCUUGAUUUCUGUGACUCUACGUAGAACGUGGGUAGCGAAAGAGAGGGGUUUUCGUUUUUAAUUUGGGGUUUGGGUUGGCCUUUUUUUUUUUUUUAGCUAGUGCUAAAAAGAAAGUCAUCGGUGACUUAGCUAAGGGGCAUCAACGUGCUGGCAACAAGGGCCCUUUAGUGGAGCACGGCCCGUGGCUCUCAACUCCCUGGAAGCUGAUGUGAGCGGCGCGGCCCAGCCGAGGUGCUGGGACCCUCGGGACCCCCGGGCCGCGCGCCAAAGGAAGCGCUGAGCAGGCAAACCGGGAAUCGAAGCUUUAAGAACUCGGAGAGAAUAUUUAUACAUGGUUAUUUCCCAUUUCUUCUGGGAAAACUCUUUUUCUAGUACAGGUUUGUGUACAUCUGUUUUGUAAGGCAGACCAGAAGGGUGUCUUUUUGU